AUGAUAGAGUUAACUUCAACAGGUUCAACAUGUUAUAAAACUGUACUGUACAAUCAAGUGAUCGAGAUGGAAAACCUAGUCAUCGAAUAUGAACGCCUUAAGAAUGAAUAUCAAAUCUUGAAUAUGAAAUAUGAAUCAUCAGAAGGUAUCAUCAGAGCACUCAAUACAACUGUUGAAACUCAAUCAAGUUUCAUCGACAACUUGAAGGGUCAAUCUAAAACAUACCCUUCUACUUCUCAAAAUUCUUUCCAUGUCUUUACCAUCUCUGAGGAUACUAAGGUGCCAACUUCGGUCAAAGAUGAUGACUCCAAUUAA